AUGCUCCGCGCCGCGACGCAGCGCGUCGCGCAACCCUUCGCGCGGCGCGCGGCGCGCCCGCUCUCGACGACCUACGGCACGAACAUGACGAAGAUCGUCUGCACGUUGGGCCCGUCGUCGGAGACCGCGGAGCGCGUCCAGGAGCUCGUCGACAACGGCAUGACCUGCACGCGGCUCAACUUCAGCCACGUCGGCGACUACAGCGAGCCCGCGGGCAAGCUCGCCCUCGCGCGGCUCGCGAACGACCUGCCGCCGAACCUCCGCGCGGUGCUCGUCGACACCAAGGGGCCCGAGGUGCGCACGGGCCCGCUCCCGGGCAAUGCGGACGUGCUGGAGAUCGCCGACGGCAUGACGGUGGUCUGCACCUUCGCCGACGUGAGCGGCGACGCGCCGCCGGAGCCCGGCGCGCCGCUCCGGCUCCACGUCGACUACGAGUCGCUCCCCUCGACGGUGUCCGUCGGCGGCCUCGUGCUCCUCGACGACGGGUUGAUCGCGUUGCGCGUGACAUCCAUCGAGACGACGGGCGUGACCUGCGUCGCGGAGAACGCGGGCCCCAUCAAGGCGCGAAAGGGCGUGAAUUUACCCGACACGAUCCUCGACCUACCGGCGCUCACGGCCAAGGACAAGGAGGACCUGGCGUGGUCCGUGGACGUCGGCGCGGACUACGUCGCCCUGUCCUUCGUGCGCAACGCGUCGAACGUGCGGUCCUGCCGCGCGUUUCUGGAGCGGUGCCGCGCGAGGGCCGGAAGCGACGCGCCGCUCCCCCUGAUCGUCUCCAAGAUCGAGAACCAGGAGGGCGUGGACCACUUCGACGAGAUCCUCGAGGCGUCCGACGGCAUCAUGGUCGCGCGCGGCGAUCUCGGCGUCGAGAUCGCCUACGCCAAGGUCUUCGCCGCGCAGCGCAUGAUGGUCGCCAAGUGCAACGCCGCGGGCAAGCCCGUCAUCGUCGCGACGCAGAUGCUCGAUUCGAUGAUGCGCAUGCCGCGGCCGACGCGCGCCGAGGUCACGGACGUCGCGGCCGCCGUCUUGGACGGCGCCGACGCCGUCAUGCUCUCGGGGGAGACCGCCGCGGGCAAGUACCCCGUGCAGGCCCUCGCGGCGAUGCGCGCGAUCUGCGCCGAGGCCGACGCGAUCCGCGACGCGGCGCCGCCGAACGCGGCCGUCGAGCCCCUCGCCGAUGUCGAGCUCGACGCCGUCGCCAAGGCCGCCGUCGACGCGGCCCACGUCCUCGGCGCGAAGCUCAUCACGUGCAUCACGAUGUCGGGCUCGCUCGCGCGCGCGGUCGCGCGCCACCGGCCCAACGCGCCCGUGCUCGCCUUCUGCUACUCCGCCGACGUCGCGCGGCGCCUCCAGCUCCACCGGGCCAUCCACCCCGUGCUCCUCGACGCCUGCGCGACGGACCAGAACCCCUACCUCGCCGGCACGCGCAUGGGGCUCCUCCGCGCGGAGUCCAUCCGCGCGUCCAAGGAGCUCGGCCACAUCAAGGACGGCGACCGCGUCGUCUCCGUCGACCGCAACAAGGGCAAGAUGCACGACGCCUUCUCCCUCGGCACGUCCCUCAAGAUCUUCACCGUCGGCGGCGACGUCGACGCGUGA